AUGAACCGACAAUGGAUGUACGGUGACAGACACACCUCCGAGUACAUUAAGGGCGUGCAUGAUUUUCUCGAAGUGGCUGAGGCAAACAAGCAGCAUGGUUUUAUGUGUUGUCCAUGCCCUAAAUGUGGGAAUACGAAGUCUUACUCUGACCGGAAAAUCCUUCACACCCACCUGCUUUAUAAGGGUUUCAUGCCACACUAUAAUGUUUGGACGAGGCACGGAGAAAUAUGGGUUAUGAUGGAAGACGGCGAAGAAGAAGAGGACGAUGACAACUAUGUGCCCCCUGAAUACGGUGAUGCUGCAACGGGGGAAGCUGCUGAAGAUCAAGAGGAACCAGUGCCCGAUGAUGAUGAUCUCCGUCGGGUCAUUGUCGAUGCAAGGACGCAAUGCGAAAGUCAAAAGGAGAAGCUGAAGUUCGAUCGCAUGUUAGAGGAUCACAAAAAAGGGUUGUACCCCAAUUGCGAAGAUGGCAACAAAAAGCUCGGUACCGUACUGGAAUUGCUCCAGUGGAAGGCAGAGAAUGCUGUGCCUGACAAAGGAUUUGAGAAGCUAUUGAAAAUAUUGAAGAAGAAGCUUCCAAAGGAUAAUGAAUUGCCCGACAGUACAUACGCAGCAAAGAAGGUCGUAUGCCCUUUAGGAUUGGAGGUGCAGAAGAUACAUGCAUGCCCUAAUGACUGCAUCCUCUACCGUGGUGCGUACAAGGAUCUGAACGCAUGCCCGGUAUGCGGUGCAUUGCGGUAUAAGAUCAGACGAGAUGACCCUGGUGAUGUUGACGGCGAGCCCCCUAGGAAGAGGGUUCCUGCGAAGGUGAUGUGGUAUGCUCCUAUAAUACCACGGUUGAAACGUCUGUUCAGAAACAAAGAGCAUGCCAAGUUGAUGCGAUGGCAGAGUGAGGACCGUAAGAAAGACGGGAAGUUGAGAGCACCCGCUGACGGGUCGCAGUGGAGAAAAAUCGAGAGAAACUACUUGGCUGAGUUUGCAGGUGACCCAAGGAACGUAUGGAAGAAUGUGUACCUGGGCCAUCGUCGAUUUCUUCCGACCAACCAUCAAUGUCGAAAGAAAGGCAAGCAUUUCAAAGGCAAGGCAGAUCACCGGAAGAAGCCCGCCAUGCGUACCGGUGAUCACUUACUUGCUAUGGUCAAUGAUUUACACGUAAUCUUUGGAAAGGGUCCCGGCGGACUAGCUGUUCCGAAUGAAGCUGAGGGACACGCACCCAUGUGGAAGAAGAAAUCUAUAUUUUGGGACCUACCCUACUGGAAAGACCUAAAGGUCCGCUCUUCAAUCGACGUGAUGCACGCGACGAAGAACCUUUGCGUGAACCCGCUAGGCUUCUUGGGCGUGUAUGGGAAGACAAAAGAUACACCUGAGGCACGGGAGGACCUGCAACGUUUGCACGAA